AAGAAUUAUGGUGUUUUCCACUAACGUCACCUCCAACUCACAUCUCUGACUGCACGCAGAUUCCACUACAUUUUUAUUGCUACCGUAGGCCUAAGUUUGCCGUGUAUUCUGCCAAUAGUACGUUUACCAUUCAAUAGGUCUUCCACGCACUAUUAUUUCUACCCCUGUUCUUCAGAUUUCUGCAGAUCUCGCCAUUCUGAUCAAAUCCCCAGCCCAGUUGUGUUCAUUAGUCUUGCUUGUUUCAUUUUGUUCCAAUGGAAUCAGCUAAGCAGCCUAGCAAUGCUUUUGAGGGAAUUGCAUCUUCAUCUACAUCUGCAUCAAAUAAGGUCCGCUACGAAGUAUUCAUUAAUCAUCGGGGUAUUGACACCAAGCAUACUCUGGCCACUUCUAUUUACAAUGCCCUCAAAGGCAUUGGACUUAAAGUUUUUCUGGAUGAAAAGGAGCUUGAACUGGGCGAUUGCAUAACAGCUGAAAUAGAAGAGGCCAUGCGCACCUCUCUCAUUCAUAUUGCCAUAUUUUCACCUAGAUAUGCGGAAUCUCCCUGGUGUUUGGCAGAACUGACAUAUAUGCUCAAAACCGGCACCACAAUCAUUCCAGUGUUCUACGAUGUUGAGCCCAGUGAUCUCCGCUACCUGAAAGGACCAUUUGGUGCUGCAUUUGAGGAGCAUGAAAACAAGAAGAGAAAGAGAUAUGCCCCAGAAAAACUGGAGGAGUGGAAAGAGGCGCUAUCCAAUAUUUCACUCCGUCAUGGCCAAGUUCUGAAGGGGAAAUCUGAUGAUGAAGGAAUGUUGUUGAAGAGCGUCGUGAAUUGUGUGAUGAAACACAUGAAAACAAAGGUUCCUAUGGAGGUAGCCAAAUAUCCAGUGGGUCUUGAUGAGGCAGUAGAUGCUUUUGAAAGUAAAUUUGAUUCUUCUCAAAAAAUACAAAUUAUGGGGAUUGUUGGUAUGGGGGGCUCUGGGAAAACGACACUAGCAAAAGAAAUAUACAAUAGGAAAAGUUCCUUAAUAGAUAAAUCCAGUUUUCUUUUUGAAGUCCGAGAUGCAGAAAAUAAAAAUGAAUUGUGUACAAGGCAGAAGAAACUUAUGCAAGACAUUGCUGGUGAUACAUCUCAAAUUCAUAAUGUAGAAGAAGGGAAGAUGAUCCUUAAAAGGCAUUUGAGAUUUCUUCAGGUUUUUUUAAUUUUGGAUGAUGUGGAUAGUUUACAACAAUUAGAUGCUCUAUUGCCAGGAAUUGAUAGCAUUGGACAAGGUAGUUUAAUUAUUGUUACAAGUCGUGAACUGGGCAUUCUUAAAUCAUGGGGAAUCUCUUCCAUAUACCAAAUGAAAGGAUUAAAUCCUAGACAUGCUAAGGAGCUUUUGUGUUGGCAUAGUUUCCUACAGCGUUCUCCUCCAAUUGAAUUUGAAGAUUCUGUUGAGAAAUUUGUACAUUAUUGCAAUGGAUUGCCAUUAUCUCUUAAAGUAUUUGGAGGACUGCUUUAUAAAAAGUCUAAAGAGUAUUGGAAUUCUCAAUUGAAUAAAGUGUCAAGAAUAUUGCCCAAUGACAUUAAAGAAAAGCUUAAAAUAAGCUUCGAUGCACUAGAUAAGGAGGAGCAAGAAAUAUUUUUAGAUAUAACUUGUUUUUUCCUAGGAGAAGAAAAAGAUCUGGCCAUUGAAGUGUGGGAUGGGUCGGGAUGGAGUGGAGUUCACAGUUGGGAAGUGCUUGAGAAUAAAUGUUUGGUUGAGGUGGACAAGUGCAAUAAAAUCAAAAUGCACGAUCAGCUUAGAGAUCUUGGAAGAGAAAUUGCAAAGGAAUGGUCACCCCACCGUAUUUGGUCAACGGAGCAAAUCAAAGACAUUCAGAAACAGGCCGCCAUGGAAAGAGUGAUAUUGAUUCGGGGGAUUAAAGCGGCAACCUAUGAUUUCUAUCAAGUGUGCUCACCCCAUCAUGGUACACCUUUUGAAGAGUGUAUGGAGCUUCUGAGAGGCUAUUCUACAAAGUUUAAUGCCCUUACACCUUCUAUCCUUGUUGUGAAGUCUCAUUAUUUUACAGAAGAAUGUGCAACACUAUUUCCAGCCCUCCUCUGGCUGCGAUGGAGCAAUAUGCCGGGGACAGCUCUUCCGUCGUGGCUAAUGCUGAAGAAUUUAAGAGUUUUAGAGCUUCCAAAUGCUGGACAGUUAGAAGAAUUGUGGAACGACACAGAUCCUCCUUUGGAAUUAAGAGAGCUGAAUCUUCGAUAUGCCUACAGUUCCCUCAAAUUUCCGGGGUCAAUAGGAUGUCUUAAACAUUUGAAAAAGAUAUCCGUGGCCGCAUCAUUUAGAGAUACUCUUAUGGACGGUCUUCCAGAAGGGUUUUGUCUACUUGAGUCGUUGGAGCACCUCCAGCUAAGUGGAUUUGAUGAGCUAACGUCAUUGCCUCGCGAGUUUGGUCUUUUGACAAACCUGCGACAUCUAGAUUUGAGCUAUUGCAGGAAAUUGAGGAUGUUGCCUGAUUCUUUUAAGCAGCUCAUAAAUCUACAGUAUAUCAAUUUGCGUGGUUGCAAGGAGCUCACCUUAACGUCAGAGAACAAUUACAUUUUGGAAAAUAUGACAAAGUUGGAGACUCUAAAUUUUUCAGGAUGUGUGAAAGUUCAGAACCUACCUCGGGAUAUCACAAAGCAGUUGUCGUUGAGAUAUCUGUAUGCGGAAGGCACCGGGUUAAGGGAAUUGCCAAGUAACAUUGGCGAACUGAGCAAAUUGGAAGUGCUGGAAAUAGGGAGGGAUUUCUCUGGUGAUUUAAAAACUUUACCUGAGUCUAUGGGUGAUUUGUCUUCUUUGACUAGUCUUACCAUUUCUUAUUGUGAUCAAUUAAAAACUUUACCUGAGUCUAUGGGUGAUUUGUCUUCUUUGACUAGUCUUACCAUUUCUGAUUGUCAUCAAUUAAAAACUUUACCUGAGUCUAUGGGUCAUUUGUCUUCUUUGACUAGUCUUACCAUUAAGGAUUGUGAUCAAUUAAAAACUUUACCUGAGUCUAUGGGUCAUUUGUCUUCUUUGACUAGUCUUACCAUUUCUUGUUAUAGAUUAGAAACUUUACCUGAGUCUAUGGGUGAUUUGUCUUCUUUGACUAGUCUUACCAUUUCUUAUUGUCAUCAAUUAAAAACUUUACCUGAGUCUAUGGGUCAUUUGUCUUCUUUGACUAGUCUUACCAUUUCUGAUUGUCAUCAAUUAAAAACUUUACCUGAGUCUAUGGGUCAUUUGUCUUCUUUGACUAGUCUUACCAUUAAUGCUUGUGAUCAAUUAAAAACUUUACCUGAAUCUAUGUGUCAUUUGUCUUCUUUGACUAGUCUUACCAUUUCUUAUUGUGAUCAAUUAAAAACUUUACCUGAGUCUAUGGGUGAUUUGUCUUCUUUGACUAGUCUUACCAUUUCUGAUUGUCAUCAAUUAAAAACUUUACCUGAGUCUAUGGGUCAUUUGUCUUCUUUGACUAGUCUUACCAUUGGUAGUGAUGAAUUAAAAACUUUACCUGAGUCUAUGGGUGAUUUGUCUUCUUUGACUAGUCUUACCAUUUCUGAUUGUCAUCAAUUAAAAACUUUACCUGAGUCUAUGGGUCAUUUGUCUUCUUUGACUAGUCUUACCAUUUCUUAUUGUGAUCAAUUAAAAACUUUACCUGAGUCUAUGGGUCAUUUGUCUUCUUUGACUAGUCUUACCAUUUCUUAUUGUCAUCAAUUAAAAACUUUACCUGAGUCUAUGGGUGAUUUGUCUUCUUUGACUAGUCUUACCAUUUCUGAUUGUCAUCAAUUAAAAACUUUACCUGAGUCUAUGGGUCAUUUGUCUUCUUUGACUAGUCUUACCAUUUCUUAUUGUCAUCAAUUAAAAACUUUACCUGAAUCUAUGUGUCAUUUGUCUUCUUUGACUAGUCUUACCAUUUCUUAUUGUGAUCAAUUAAAAACUUUACCUGAAACUUUUCAUUGUGCAGAAGAACUGGGCAGAAAGUCUCUGUCGGGGAUCUGAAUGUGAUUCAGGGAGGGGAAUGGUAGUGAUGGGCGAGCAACAGAGAGUUGUGGAGGCUUUUAAAAAAUUACUGUUAUUUUUUGGCUGAAUGUUAGUGAUUGGUGAUCAAGACAGAGUGCUGCACUGGUUUAAAAAAUUGCUGCUAUAAUGUAAUGUGAUUUACAUUGAUUAUAAGUGGAGUGUAAAUUAUUAAAAAAAAAUUAAAAUAGAAAUUAUUUAUGAA